AUGGCUGCGCAACUUGCACAGAUGACACUACUUGCGGGUCUUGCACUUCAGAAAGCGACGCAGUAUCUUCAACUUCUCCAAACACUUGCUCAGCUAAAUGUACAGAAAGAAUUAGCAUUUGCGUUAUUAAGGACUAAUUUUAUAUUUUAAUACAUAAUUUUUAGAAGGCAAUGCACAGUUGGCUCGAGCGGCUGCGCAACUUGCACAGAUGACACUACUUGCGGGUCUUGCACUUCAGAAAGCGACGCAGUAUCUUCAACUUCUCCAAAUACUUGUUCACCUAAAUGUACAGCUGGCUCAAAUGGCUGCGCAACUUGCACAGAUGACACUACUUGUGCGUCUUGCACUUCAGAAAGCGAUGCAGUAUCCGGAAACAAAUGUGUAG